AUGGAACUAGUGUUGAACCGAAUUCACGUCUCUUCUCCCCGAUCAAGAGCUUCCUUAUCUUCCGUCAAUGUGAAAGCCCUUUCUUCCAUUCCCCUCCCAGCUGAAAAGAAGAACUCCAGCAACCAAAAAUUCCUUUCAGAAGUUGGGUUUGCAUCAUUUAGCUUUAAACUCUCCAUUAUUGUGAGGAGGGGAUUUCACCAAAACCGAGUCACUGCCAACAGUCUGAUACUCUUUGCAAUGACCAACAACUGCAUUACUAGAGUAAACCAUAUCCACCACAAGAGGGUCACAAGACUCGCAACAACAAUAUCAUCAUCUGCCACAAAUAGCUACACCAAUCUAUCGAGCUGCAGAUUUUUCACCUGUUCACCACCGUUGAUAUCUCGAACACCUUCUUUCAAACCCCUAGUCUUAUCCGCCUGUAUCACCCAAUCAGAUGCACCUCAACGCUCAGAGGAAUGGUUUGCCCUUAGGAAGGACAAGCUGACCACAAGCACCUUUAGUACCGCAUUAGGGUUUUGGAAGGGGAAACGACGACCAGAGCUCUGGCGUGAAAAGGUUUUUGCAGCAGAAGUAGAGUUUGUCCAAGCUUCAAAGAAUGCAAUGGAAUGGGGUGUGCUCAAUGAGUCACUAGCCAUCGAACGAUAUAGAAGCAUCACGGGUCUUGAAGUUAGCUCACUAGGGUUUGCAGUCCAUGCACAAGAGAAACUCGAUUGGCUUGGCGCUUCACCAGAUGGUCUACUUGGGUGCUUUCCUGAAGGUGGAAUAUUGGAAGUGAAGUGUCCUUAUAACAAGGGGAAGCCCGAGCAGGGUCUCCCCUGGUCAACCAUGCCUUUCUAUUACAUGCCUCAGGUUCAAGGUCAGUUGGAGAUUAUGGAUAGAGAAUGGGCAGAUUUGUAUUGCUGGAUGCCUAAUGGUAGCACGAUAUUCCGCGUCCCGAGGGACCGUGAUUACUGGGAGCUCAUGUGUGGGAUGUUGAAGGAGUUUUGGUGGGAGAAUGUGAUUCCUGCUAGGGAAGCUCUUGAAGCGGGGAAAGAAAGAGAAGCCGAUUCAUAUAUGCCAGCAUCUACACACAAACAGACGGGGCUUGCCAUUUCUAAAAGUAUUAAGUUAGCUGCUCAAUGCAAGCUUCAGUGUAGGGAAAUUGCAGGCCAUGUUGAAUUCUUUAGGUGA